CCAAAAUUAAGUCUGUCCAUCUUCAUUCCUUAACCAACACGAUGUCCAGCGGGAAAGAAUUGGCAGAAGGAUCGCCAAGCUCUCCCAGCGAUCAUCACCAUCAGCAGCCGGCAACACCAAGCCGUUAUGAGUCACAGAAAAGGAGGGACUGGAACACCUUUGGGCAGUACCUGAAGAAUCAGAGGCCCCCAGUCCCACUCUCCCAGUGCAACUGCAACCAUGUCUUGGACUUUCUUCGAUAUCUUGACCAGUUUGGGAAGACAAAAGUUCACCUCCAAGGGUGUAUGUUUUAUGGACAGCCUGAGCCGCCUGCACCUUGCACCUGUCCACUUAGACAGGCCUGGGGCAGCCUUGACGCCCUCAUUGGGCGGCUCCGAGCUGCUUAUGAGGAGAAUGGAGGCUCUCCGGAGACCAAUCCGUUCGCUAGCGGUGCAAUCCGGGUUUAUCUUCGGGAUGUGAGGGAGUGUCAAGCUAAGGCAAGGGGGAUCCCAUAUAAGAAGAAAAAGAAGGCGGCCAAUCAAAGCAAGGGAAAUGAAGAAUCCAGCUCUACCGUGCACUUCUCUUGAUUUCUUUGCCUAAAUUGAAUGUGGAUCAUGGCAAAUGAAUAGACUGGCAGGGCUCGGUAAGAGGAAACUCUAUUGAAGUUGCGGUCUUUACUCUGACCACCCUUUUUGCAACUUUCAAGGUAUAGGGAAUUUCAUCUAUAUAACUUUCAUGGCAUGAUGGUCUUAGAAAGCCUCUAUUUCAUCUGCCAUUUGGGAAUGUAAAAGCACUUAUUAGAUUACAAACUCUAUUUGUACGUAAUUAAGUACUGUACGUUGGUUUUGCCUAAGUCUGCUGCUUGCUGUGUUGAAAAUAAUAUAUAGUAGUAUCACCAUGGUUUUCUGUUU